AUGCGCGGCACACAUUCCUUCGACAAGAAGGUGGAAGAGAUGAAGCCUAGCAAGAGAUUGAUUGAGCUGCCUCAUUGGCGACGUGCCAAGAGGCUCGUUACGAAGCUCAGAUCGCGAGAAGCUCGUCGUAGCUCAGGGCACUAUCAUGGCAGAGUAAAGGCUGACUGGAAGAUUCUGCACAAAAGUGAUAUCAACUGGGUGAUUAUGGACUAUCUCGUCUCUGAAGGCUACCCCGGUGCUGCCGAGAAGUUCGCCCAGGAGACCAGUCUACCCAGCCCGGUCGACAGUGAGAGCAUCCGGGAACGCGUCCAGAUCCGCAAUGCCAUCCACGCUGGCAGGAUCGAGGAAGCAAUUGAGAUGAUCAACGAGAUCGAGUACGAGAUCCUCGACCGAGAUCACCAUCUCCACUUCCAUCUCCUACAGCUCCAGCUCAUCGAGAUCAUCCGCACCAUCCUCAAUAAACCCGGUGGCAACCCACAAGGCAACGACUUCUACCCUGCCAUCAGAUUUGCUACCGAGCAACUCGCACCUCGUGCUCCUACCGAUCCAACAUAUCUGAAGGCCCUGGAACGUACAAUGGCGCUCUUGAUCUUUCCCAUGGAGAAGAUGACGCAGGAGUUCAAGGAACUGCUUGAUGUCAAACUCAGACAGAAAGUUGCCAACGACGUCAAUCGUGCUAUCCUCGAGAACAGAGGCGAGCAGUCUGAAGCCAAGAUCAGGCAGUUGAUCAGAGCGAGGACGUGGGCGGAGUCUGAAGCUAGGGCUGCGAAGGUAGAUCUUCCCAGCUCUAUACUGCUUGGACUUGGCUCAGAUGAGCGGAUGACUACUACCGGCAAUGAAGGCGAUGCUAUGGUGUCAUGA